CUUCUUCGACGUGUACUUAAUAUUGCACCUCUAGCCAUUGCGACUACAGGUCGUGGGUCAUCAGGUGUCGGUUUGACAGCUGCAGUUUCGCGGGAUAAAGAAACCGGUGAAAGAUGUCUUGACGCCGGUGCGAUGGUUCUUGGUGACCGCGGUGUCGUGUGCAUUGAUGAAUUUGACAAAAUGAAUGACACUGAUCGUGUUGCAAUUCAUGAAGUAAUGGAACAACAAACUGUAACCAUCUCCAAAGCUGGCAUCCAUACAUCCCUAAAUGCCCGGUGUAGUGUAAUAGCUGCGGCUAAUCCUGUUUAUGGACAGUAUGAUGUUCAUAAAGAUCCUGCACAUAAUAUCGCUCUUCCGGAUUCGUUGUUAUCUCGUUUCGAUCUGGUUUUUGUUGUUACAGAUGAAAUAAAUGAUAUUCGAGAUCGUAAAAUUUCACAACAUGUUUUACGCUUACAUCAAUAUCGCCCACGAAAUCUCGAAGAAGGCGUACCGAUUAAGGAUGGUUCCGGACAAACCAUUUCCAUGGAACAAGCCGAUAGGACAGUAACACCGACAUCAAUUUAUCAGCAUGACGAUCCACAAUCAAAUACUGACAGUAAUCAAAUAGACAUAUCUGAUUCAGAGGAGUCAGAAAUUCUUUCUUCAGAAUUUCUCCAGAAAUAUAUUCAAUAUGCUAAAAAUUGUGCAACACCUAGAUUGACCAGAGAGGCUGCGGAUUAUAUUUGUAACUCAUGGGUUGAGCUUCGUAAUGCUGAAACUAAUCGUGGAGAAUCAAAAACAUCACCAAUGACGCCGCGUGCUUUAGAUUCACUUUUUCGUCUUGCUACCGCACAUGCUAAAGCACGUCUUGCAAAGACGGUAAGAAAAGAUGACGCUGAAGCUGCUGAAGCGAUCAUUAAAUUUGCUCUAUUCAAAGAA